AUGUCUGAACAUGAAGUAACUCCCAAAGAUAAAGGACCAGAGGACAUCGUUAUGACUUCAGAUGGGAACGUCGAAGUUAAGAAAGGAUCCGAUGAUAGAUAUGAACAACAUUGUAUUCUAUUUCCCACCUAUGCCACAAAAUAUAGUUUGGACGAAAAGGCCGAAUUGACCGAUCAUUGGAACAUUCGAAUUCGUGGUUGGGCAUUCUCUACGCCUAAGACGAGCAGAACUCGUUCUAUCUUUCUUGGACUUGCAUCACACUUAGCCGAAAUCCAAAAGGAGGAUUUCCAAUCCCGCGCUGCCUUGUUUUGGGCGAGCAACAUUGACCAUAAGGAGGUCACCGUCAAAGUUGUCGGUCUUACCGCUUCGAACAAGAUGGCCAUCGAUGGUGAUCCAAAUGAUCCAUCAGUUGAAAAGCUUGUCCAUGAACAUUCGGCCGAGGAUGCUAAAGAAGACAUAAAAAAGAUUGUCGAUAGUGCCCAAAAGAAACUCACUACGUCUCACCCCGAGCAUGAGACUCCUAGCAUUAAGAUUACACCGAAUACAGGAAAUUGUCUGGGACAACUUUCGAUUUCACAAUCGGUUGUCAAAAAAUGGAUGAGUGAGGAGAGUAAUGUUCCGUUUCUCAGUGGCCUCAUCAAUGCUAUUACUAGGAAAAAGAAUGAUCCAAAUAGGAUUAGGUUGCUCAAGAUCGAAGUUCUUCAAGAGACGCAAUCAUUCCCAACUUAUGGUGUUGUUGAUUUGGUCGAGCCCGAAGGUUAUUCUGUGAUUUCUGAUAUCGACGACACAAUUAAGGACACCGAAGUACUUAGCAGUGCAAGAACUUUAAUAUCCAACACCUUUUUGCAACAUCCCAAGGAAGUUCCAGGGAUGGCACAACUUUAUCAUGAAUGGGUAAAUGUUUCAUUCCAUUACGUUUCCAAUUCACCGUGGCAACUAUAUCCAAUGCUUCGAUUCUUCUUCGAAAAAAAUGAUUUUCCAUCUGGCUCCGCUCACCUUAAAUUCUAUGACGGGAUAGUUAAAAGUGUUAAGGAGCAAAGGGAGCAUCCAAUGGCUAGCAAAUUAAUGUAUAUUGGCGAGUUACUUAAGGACUUUCCCAAGCGCAAGUUCAUCCUUGUUGGUGACACUGGAGAACAUGAUCCUGAGAUUUAUGUGAAAAUUGCUCGAGAAAACGAAGGUCGGAUUCUUAGAAUCUUCGUCAGAGAUGUCUCCACUGAACAUUUGAAGGGUCUUCCACCUCAGCCCGCACAUCAUUCAUACGCACAAACAUUUACAUCGACAUACAAGCGUCUUCAUAGUUACUAUUCAGCUUCUGAAGCUGUCGUUGAAGAAAAAGAUGGUAAGAAAGUUACUGAAACCAUCGCAGAAGAAAAAGAUUGUAAGAAAGUUACUGAAACCAUCGCAGAAGAAAAAGAUGGUAAGAAAGUUACUGAAACCAUCACAGAAACAGUGGCGUCAGAAGGAGGUUCUGCCGAAGGACAUAAUAAAGCUACUUUUACCUCACGCCUCAUGAAUCAUCUUCACUCCGAAGUAUCACACAUUCAUGAUUCCUUAGGUAUGCAUUCAGAACAUUCAAAGAUGAUUGAAAAUAAUACAAAUGAGGAAGUUUUAAAGACACCAUUAGAGCAGUUUCAUAAUAGAUUAGCAUCACUGAAGGAGGGAUUACCGGAAGGAAUGUUUUGUACCUUCACAAAUCCUGAAGAAUUGCGGAAUGAUCCUGUGAUUAGGAAGGCUUUAAAUUAUUGA